UGUUUGAUUUCCUUACAUAUACUGGUGGGGACUGCCCAUUGUUCUUUUUGUCAGGAUUCUCUUCCACUCACUAUAUACCAAUUGAAAGGAAUAGAAUUACAACAAACAAAGAAAGAACCAAUUAUUAAUUAGAAAAAAGACACUCUAGAGAGUAAGAUUCUUUAUCUCUCUGUUGUCUCUCCCAUUCUUUAAACAGCAGGCUCUCCUUUGUUUUACUUUCUGAUAUGAAUUCAGUAAUGGCUAGAAGCUCAAACAACAUGUCCUCUAAGAGACAUUUUCAUUGGACUAACAAGGUUGGAACUGAAGAUGAUGAAGUUCACACUUCAGAAUCGUUUUCGACGCUCAUUCAGAAGGAGGAUAAGAAAGAAGGUGACAAGGUUGUUGAUCCUGAGGUUUCAUCAGUCGCUAAAGCCGCUGCACAUGCAACAAGGAGGAAGCUGAGAGCAGUAGCGAUUUCAAGGCUUCGCUCGGCUCUCACUGUGUUUGGCAAGAACCGAUCGAGUACACCUUUUGGUCUCGGCUCUCGUGUAGUUGGCACACUCUUUGGAUAUAGACGUGGGCAUGUACAUUUUGCAUUUCAGAAAGACCCAACUUCUCAAGAAGCCUUUUUUAUUGAGCUUGCAACACCGAUCAGUGGUUUGGUUCGUGAAAUGGCUUCUGGGUCAGUAAGAAUUGCUCUGGAAUGUGACAAGGAGAAAGAAAAAGAAGAGACGAAAGGUUUGAGGUUGCUUGAAGAGCCUUUGUGGAGGACAUAUUGCAAUGGCAAGAAAUGUGGUUUUGCUAACAGAAGAGAAUGUGGGCAAAAGGAGUGGAAUAUUCUCAAAGCUGUUGAGCCAAUUUCAAUGGGUGCUGGUGUUAUACCAGGAACUGAUGAUGGAUCAGUAGCAGGACCAGAAGGUGAACUUAUGUACAUGAGGGCAAAGUUUGAGAGAGUUGUUGGGUCUAGAGACUCUGAAGCUUUCUAUAUGAUGAAUCCUGAUAGCAAUGGUGUUCCUGAGCUCAGCAUUUAUUUGCUUAGAGUCUAGUAGCCUUUGCAAGUUCUGUUUAUUGUACUUAGUUUUCCUUUUCUCAUUUUGUUCUUGUGUAACUUGGGAUUGUGGGUGGGUUAUUUAUUGGUAUACUACUUGCUUAGUUAGCUCUUAAAUCAUGAACAUGGAGAUCUAGUCCUCUCCAUGUUUGUCUUUGCUAUCUUCAUUUUCUUUUUACUUGAGGUAUAAGUGAGUUCAAGAAAUCUAUAUCAACAAUCAGCAUUCAGCAGUGCCUGCACUCAGUGAUCUUGACUUGAUCAAGAUUUGACUGAUCAAAUUUGUUCUCAAUUUUGUCAAAGUCACAAUGUAAGCUGUUAGAUAGAAAUCUAACAGUAUAAAUGUGCUGACUACAGUGAAGGUAGGAAAUUCCAAAUGUAUUCAGUUAUGUAGGUUCACUGUUGUUUUUGUUAGAAUAGGCAAGUAGGCCAAGUCAUAAAGGGGGGACAUAGUGGGAUAAACAAUACUUUCAAGCAUGGUAGUGGUGAGGUGGGUCAUGAAAGGUGUAUAUGUGUAAUUUUCUUAUUGCAAUCCUUUAAUUAAUGAUGAGGGACGGAGGUUAAUGCAAAUCAUGAUUGUCUACACAAUUUUUAUUUCAA